AUAUCUACGUAAUUUUCUGAUAGGGCUACGUAUUUUUUAAAAUCCGAGUUGGCAACACUGUAUCAACUGUCAAUCGUCGCCCGUCAGGCACACGUUCUCCAGAGAGGUUCUUUCAAUUAAAAUUGAGGUUAUGUUUGGAAUAGUGUUUUACAUCGUGUGUGAUUUGUGAAUUAUAUUUACGUUGCUUCAUAAAAACCAUGAGCGAUUUUGUACUGAACGAUAGUGACACUGAGGUAGAUUCAGAUGAAGAGUUGCAAGAGGCUUUUGCUAAAGGUUUAAUCAAACCGGGUCUCAACGAGGAAAUAGAAAAAGUCGAAAAGAAAUAUGUGAAUAAUGUUGCAGACUUAAAAAGCAAGUUAACAGAGUUUAAAUUAAAAUUGCCAUGGGUGGAGACAUUAGACCUUGUGACAACGGUUGCACCUAUGGCUCCAGACGUAGCAUUACAGAUUCAGGAAACGGUACAAAGGCGAAAAAACAUUAAAGAAAACAGCAAAGGUGCUAAAGUUUAUGAUCCUGCUGAAGACCCAGUACUCAAUGAGUUUAAACGUGAAAAUCUCAUUCACCGCCAAGCCCAAGCUGCCGUUCUUGAGGGUAUAAAGAAAUUGAAGGAGCUCGGAUUGCCCACACGAAGGCCAGAUGACUACUUUGCAGAGAUGGCUAAAACUGAUGAACACAUGCAGAAGGUUCGCAAGAAUCUCAUGGCAAAACAGGCAGCUCAGGCGCGCAUAGAGAAAGUGAGACAACUUAGAGAACAGAAAAAGAUUGCCAAACGUGUGCAGAUUGACACAAAACUGAAACAAGCUUCUGAGAAAAAACAGAUGUUAGAACAGUUAAAACGAGUCAGAAAAGGAAAAUCAUCUGAUUUAGAUUUCUUAGAUGACAAUAAAAAUAAAAAUAAUAAAGGAAAGGGUGGUCCACAAAAUAAAAUCUCCAAAAAACGGUCCAUGAAAGAUAAGAAAUUUGGCUUUGGUGGUAAAAAGAAAGGUUCUAAAUUGAACACAAGAGAAUCUUCUAACAAUAUGGAUGGAUUCAACAGUUCAUCUAAGAGACCAAGUAAUUUCAAAAACAAGUCAUUUAAACCAAACAGCAAGAAAAAGAAUCAAAGGCCUGGUAAAUCCAAGAGGAAAAAUUCUAAGAGAUAAUUAGAUCUAAAAUUAUUGUUUUUAAUAAUAAAUGACUUAUUGCUUA